AUGAGUUCCAAUACGGCGUCGUCCAGCGCGACGACUGCCGGAUCGGGAGAUGCUUCCGCCGUCAGGAAGAAUUCCAAGCGACCCAAGUAUUCCAAGUUUACACAACAGGAGCUUCCAGCUUGCAAGCCCAUCCUUACCCCUGGCUGGGUCAUUUCGACGUUUUUGAUAGUCAGUGUCAUCUUUAUACCUCUUGGAGUUAUCUCCCUUUUCGCUUCCCAGGAUGUUGUGGAGAUCGUUUAUCGGUAUGAUAAUGAUUGCAUUCCAGAAACUGCUAGGGCUAACAAGGUUGCAUAUAUUCAAGGAGAUGGCGAUAAAAAUUGUACCCGAAAUCUAAAAGUGCCAAAGCGUAUGAAGCAUCCUGUCUAUGUUUAUUACCAGCUUGAGAACUUCUACCAGAAUCACCGAAGGUAUGUGAAAAGCCGAAGUGAUUCACAGUUGAGAAGUCCAAAAUACGAGAAUCAAAUAAGCGCAUGCAAGCCUGAGGAUGAUGUUGGUGGGCAGCCGAUCGUCCCCUGUGGUCUAAUUGCUUGGAGUCUUUUCAAUGACACAUACAUAUUAUCAAGAAAUGAUACACCCCUAGCUAUAAACCAGAAGGGCAUUGCAUGGAAGAGCGACAAGGAACACAAGUUUGGGAAAAAGGUCUUCCCCAAGAAUUUUCAGAAGGGGAAUCUCACAGGUGGUGCCAGUCUAGAUCCAGAUAUACCGCUUAGUGAUCAGGAGCAUCUCAUUGUGUGGAUGAGAACCGCAGCAUUGCCGACAUUUAGAAAAUUGUAUGGAAAGAUAGAGACUGACCUCGAAAUUAAUGACACCAUAACCGUUACGCUGCAGAACAACUACAACACUUACAGUUUUAGUGGGAAGAAGAAACUUGUUUUGUCGACAACGAGCUGGCUUGGUGGAAAGAACGAUUUCCUCGGCAUUGCAUACCUGACAGUUGGCGGAAUCUGCUUCUUUUUGGCCAUUGCAUUUACCAUCAUGUACCUUGUGAAACCCAGGCGACUUGGAGAUCCUUCCUACUUGUCAUGGAACAGAAACCCGGGCGGUCGGUAA